GCGGCGAGGACCGUGCCGGAGCCCGCGGGCCGCGAACGCAGCCGCCGCGCUGGGGCCGCGGAGCUCGGGAGCCCGGGAUGAGCCUCAGCCGGAAAAGGGGCUUCUACAAGCAGGACGUGAACAAGACCGCCUGGGAGCUGCCCAAGACCUACGUGUCGCCGACGCACGUCGGCACCGGGGCCUAUGGCGCCGUGUGCUCUGCCAUCGACAAGCGGUCAGGGGAGAAGGUGGCCAUCAAGAAGCUGAGCCGGCCCUUCCAGUCGGAGAUCUUUGCCAAGCGGGCCUAUCGAGAGCUGCUGCUACUGAAGCACAUGCAGCAUGAGAAUGUCAUUGGGCUCCUGGAUGUCUUCACCCCAGCCUCCUCCUUGCGCAGCUUCCACGACUUCUACCUGGUGAUGCCCUUCAUGCAGACGGACCUGCAGAAGAUCAUGGGGAUGGAGUUCAGUGAGGACAAGAUCCAGUACCUGGUGUAUCAGAUGCUCAAAGGUCUUAAGUACAUCCACUCAGCUGGGGUCAUCCACAGGGACCUGAAGCCCGGCAACCUCGCUGUGAACGAGGACUGUGAGCUGAAGAUCUUGGAUUUUGGGCUAGCACGGCCUGCAGACGCUCAGAUGACUGGCUACGUGGUGACCCGCUGGUACCGGGCCCCUGAGGUGAUCCUCAGCUGGAUGCAUUACAACCAGACUGUGGACAUCUGGUCUGUGGGCUGUAUCAUGGCGGAGAUGCUGACGGGGAAAACUCUGUUCAAGGGGAAAGAUUACCUGGACCAGCUGACCCAGAUCCUGAAAGUGACUGGCGUGCCGGGCGCAGAGUUUGUGCAGAAGUUGAAGGACAAAGCGGCCAAAUCCUACAUCCAGGCCCUGCCACAGAGCCCCAAGAAGGAUUUCUCUCAGCUCUUCCCGCGCGCCAGCCCCCAGGCUAUAGACCUGCUGGAGAAGAUGCUGGAGCUGGAUGUGGACAAGCGCCUGACGGCCUCGCAGGCCCUCACCCACCCCUUCUUUGAACCCUUCCGGGACCCCGAGGAGGAGACAGAGGCCCAGCAGCCAUUCGAUGAUUCCUUAGAACACGAGAAACUCACGGUGGAUGAAUGGAAGCAGCACAUCUACAAGGAGAUUGUGAACUUCAGCCCCAUCGCCCGGAAGGACUCGCGGCGCCGGAGUGGCAUGAAGCUCCAGUGACGCGUCUGCCUGACCCUUGGCUGAGCCUGGGGACUGCCACAUGGCAGCACCUACCAAACACUGCCCCUCAGACUGAUAUUUAUUUGUCACCACCAGGUUUCAGCCCUUCUUGGAUUAUAGCCUUCCCAGCGGAGGACAGAGGGCCCUCGUCCUUGUGCAGGAAGCACCUAGUAGAUGCAGAAUUCAAAGAUGUUGGUUGGGAGAAAAUAGCUCCGAUCAUAACUGGCCACAUUAAAAUGCCCUUCUGGAGA